AGAGUGGAAGCCUGUCUACUCUCGUCCAAUCACGUCUCAGUAUCUGCUGUGGCUGACAGUCAAUCAGUAAGCUCUAUGUCCAUUAGCUGUCGCCUCGUCCAAUCACGUCGCUCCGUGUACGGAAGGGAAAAACCAAUCAGUGGGGUCCAUUCUCCAUUAAGCACGUCACGACGUCACUACGUCACUCGAGUUCAAAGCCAACCCUUUAGCCAAUGACCAUGACCCAUGGCCCUCCCCUCUUCACUCUUCACUUCGGCGCAUCCUCGCUCCCCCCCCCCUCCGGAGCUGCCGGUGUAUCUUCUACUUCAUCCGACAAAGUGAGGAUUUACUUCUACGGAAAGAUGGCUUCCAAAGACAAAAAACACAGAGCUAUGGGUGAUGAGGAGUGGAUGUCCCGUCUGCGUAGGUUUGCUGUUGAAGGGGCCUGGCCCGCUGAUGCAGGAAACCGGCCGGCGCCACGCCAGAAAAAGUGGCACGAUCUAUUUCUGAAGAUUGAGAAAUGCCCACUGCAGCUCAGGGGUCAAAGGUCUCUGUUUGGAGGGCCACAGACAUGUAACUGUGGUUUCCAUAUAAAGAAGCCAUCAGUCUCUGUGUCCUCUUCGGUGACACCACAACCAGGACCCUCAUCUGCAUCCCCCUCCAUCACACCUGGGCAGCCACUACGCAAGCCACCUUUGCGUUUGGAAUCAUUCACAAAACCACGGUUCGGUGGAUCGCAUGGUGCGCUUGCACAGCCAAACUUGGCUUCGGCUUGGCAGCGUGGAAUCAAGACCACAACUGGCACCCCGUCACCUGGCCACAGUCCCAGGCACUAUAUUCAGACUGUCUCUCCUCUGUCUCUUCCCCCCUCUACUGUGUCUGCAACCACCUCCACUUCCUGUGUCACAUCGGCUGCUACUGGAGCUAGAGUGUCAACUGCCAUCUCCUUGGAUACCUCCUCUGCUCCUCCUGCCCCUGUGGACUCUGCCUCUGAUGAAUGUGUCUCCUCUGCUGCAACAUCUGUGGCUGGUCCCUCAGCACAUCCUACCCCUAACCCUGAGCCAUUGGCUGCUCAUCUGAUGUCUGCUGCUGCUAUUGCUGCUUCAGAACCUGGCUGGCUGCCUGCAAAGCUGAAGAAAACUAUACCAGCUCAGGACCAGAAAUGGAUUUCAGCAGCUCUGUGGAAAAACAAUCGUUUGCGCUCUGACCUGAAGCUGUGGUAUGAUCCACCAACACCAGCACUCAUAUAUCACCAGGUCCCCGCUCCAGAGCGCUUUUUUACCCACAAGCUUCUCGUAUGGAUGCCGUACCACCUUUGGAAGCUGAAACUGUCCUGUCCUGCUUGUAGCAAACAGCUCACAGGCUAUGGAGCCCACAAGAGAUGCCGCAAGGUUCUGGAUGUGGACCGUUUUUACCUGUUAAUUACUGAGACCCUGUUCUGCAGUGCAUGCAAGACCAGUUACAUUUCCAGCAGCAAGCAAAUAUUGGACCAGCUAGAUAUGCCAACACGGAUGGACUUCAGUCCGAUCCUGACUCAAAGAUUUGCUGUUGACAUACGGGUGCUUGUGCCUCUGAGGGAGAGGGCCCUGGGUAACAGCCCCUCCCGAAUUGUCAGGCAGCUGAGGGAAAACCACAGUCGGGUGUGGAUUCAGUUCCUCAUCAAGUACUUUGCUAAAUGCACAGACUUUUCUGAGCGGCAAGGCCUGCUCCCUCUCACGUUCCAGGAGCCGCCUGAGUUAUUAGCUAUCCCCUCUCACAGGUGGAUGCUCACUGUGUAUGGCAGAGACAUUUUGAACAGGCUGGACCACAUCAAGGCUAGCAUUACAUGCACCUUUGGAAGUAUCCUAAAAAUGGACUCCACCAAAAAGAUCACCAAGAAGCUGUCAGGCUUUGCAAAGGGGACGGCCUUGUGGCUAACAUCUGUUAGCAAUGAGGUGGGCCAAAUCCUCAUCAGUGUCCUGACUGCUCAGGAGGGUCCAGCUCUGGACAACAUGGCAGCUGGUCUCAUCCAGAGAUACAAGAAUGCUGGUGUGGCCCCUCCUAAGGUACUGUACGUCGACUGUGAAUGUUGUCGGGAGGGCACGAUACAGACCAAAUUAAAACAGCGAUUUGGAGGGUGGCCAGACCUCAUUGUGAGGUUAGACAUUUACCACUUCAUGAGGCGACUGGCAUCUGGCUGUACGAAGGAUGCUCAUCCUCUCUACCCCACCUUCAUGGCCAAACUGUCCAGCUGCAUUUUUGAGUGGGACAGCAGAGAUGUUGCCUUGCUGCGGCGAGCCAAGCGUGCACAGCUGGCCCAGGAUAGUGUACCGGGCAUUACUGACCAAUUGGUAGACCUUCACAUCACCAAGGACGAACUGACCAUGCACUGCAGAAGGCAGACAAGGGGAGAGCAGGAGACAAUCACCUCUAUUGAAUGCCUGCUCAAUGAGCUGAUGGGGUUGAAGGGCAGCGACUUUCUUGGUGUCCCUCUGCUGGACAAGGAGAGGAUGAAGGAAAUCUGGCGUGUCCAGAGGAGGCAUGUAAAGUGCAUUCAGGAUGUACCGGGUGUGCUUCUCUAUACCCAGACAGGCACCACCACCAAAGAGGGCAUCGUUCUGCCUAACUACAGGUGUGCUCGAGGGUCCACAUCACUGGAGUCCUUCCACUUACACGUGAACAGGUUCAUUCCAGGGACGAGUGCCAACAGCCUUAACUUCCAGCUGUACCUCCUGGAAGGGCUUAAUCGUUGGAACCAGGACCGUCAAACUGCAUCCCUGGCACCAUCCCUGGCAGGCAAGCCUCCCGACUUGCUCUGUUACUCAGGGGACCUUGUUCAGUGUGCCAACACCUACAGUCUCAAGGUGCUUGGAAGGAAAGUUGUGGAAUCUUUUCAGCCCCCUUCUGUUUACACUGGGGAGCUAAUAGGUAUUGAUUACCUUUACCGUCAGACCGGAAGGGCCCUGCAGGAUGUACGUCCUGACUCAGAGGAGACCGAUAAGAUGCUGGAGGAUGUCUGCCUUGAGGAACAGCUGGAAAAUGCAGGCCUUGACCCAACCCAGUAUGACCCAACCAUUGAGCUGCUGGACCUGUCCUCAGAUCCGUCACCUACCAGCUCUUCAACUCCCUCUUCUCUCCACACUACUGCUUCUCCUCCUAGGCCUGGAUGUAGCUCCACUGCAGCAGCAUCUGAGCAUCAUCUGAUUCAGUAUGAGGACCCUGUCCCAUCAGCCCCUCCUGCUGGUUCCAGCCUUUCAGCAACUAUUUCUCCUGCUCUAAGAGCUGGUCCAUCAGGAUCCCCACCAGUCACUGCUGCUGUAGCGCAACGGGCUUUAGAUUUUCUGACCAGGGAGUUGCCUGGCCCAUCAGCCGUCACCACCAGCUCAGCCUCCAUGCCUUCUCUCCACACCACCCUCUCGACCACUGUCCCUACAGCCACAGCCACAGCUUCCUCUGCAUCACCGACCACCACCCCAGCAGGACCUAGGCAACAUCUGGCAGUGGAUGAGCGGAGUGUUCCUGGAAUGGACCGCGUGGACUGCCUGGCUGAUUACUUGGUGGAGCUAAGAACUGAAACUGGCCUAACCCUCACCAACCUGCAGGCCAGUACAAUUGUAGCCCUGUGGCAGAACCUCCUGCCAUAUGAUCGCCAGCGGGUUGAAUAUGCGGCACGGCACAAGAGUCGCCUGCUAACAGGACGCUACAGGUGCUCCAAAAAGAGAGAUGGAUUCACACCAGGUGUGGAGAGCACGACACGCUGUGUCUUAGGGUCAACAGGAUCCCCUGCACAGUGGCCAGACUGUUGUCGCCUGAUCGAGUCCAUCUUUAUCAAAUUGUGCAGCCUCUAUAAGAGCCCUAAAAACCAGGGCUCUUAUUCCCUGACAAGAUGGACUCUCAUCAUCAAUGAUUACACAAAAAUCAGGCAGCUGGUUUUGGGAAAUGGUGUGGUAAUGCAGGAUACGGCAUUACAAUUGUUUGAGGUAAAUCAGACAACCCUCAUUCAAUGGCACAACAAGCGCCUGAAGAGGCAGGAAUGCCGUAUCCUGCUGCAAGGGGUCAACUUGCCCCCCACCAUUCCCGUUGCCACGGUGCCUCUCCCACCUAUUCAGACACGCCCCACUGCUGCACCCCUACUGCUUGGCCCUCAACAUAUUUACCACCUGCCACAGAGGACAGUAGGAAAGGCAGUGGACAAGAGGAAAUCUGUUCGUCCACCUGAACACCCUCUUCUUCCUCAUCCUCCAAAGGUUGUCUGCCUAGGAUUGCCUGCUCUGAGGCAGACACAUCCACCUGCUGAACAUCCUCUUCUUCCUCAGCCUCCAAAGGUUGUCUGCCUAGGAUUGCCUGCUCUGAGGCAGACACAUCCACCUGCUGAACAUCCUCUUCUUCCUCAGCCUCCAAAGGUUGUCUGCCUAGGAUUGCCUGCUCUGAGGCAGACACAUCCACCCGCUGUCCCCCUAACCACCCCUUCUAGUGGCCCAUUUGGUUUUUUGCCCCCAAAAGUGCCUGCAUUUAGGUUGAUUGCUCCCGCUGGCCCCCUCCCCACCCCAACCGCACGAAAACGGUAUAGGACAGGAGAAAAAAACAAAUGUGGUCAGUGUCACCAGCCCCGGGAUCCUGAAAGUGGCCAUCAUCAGUAUUAUGGAUUAAUAUACUGUCCUUUUAAAACUGAUAUGCCACAUGACCAGUGGCUGGAGGACAUGCGGAGGAAGAGGGCAGCAAAGAAAUAAUUUCAUUCUGUAAAUAGUGUAAAUAUUGUAUGUAUAUAGUUUUAAAAGAGAGUGUUCUAAUAGUUCAGUAUUUUGUAUCCUUUAAUGCUUGGUGGUUUUAGUUUUUUUGUAUGUUCAUUGGCCAAUACAUGAGGAUUUCUUUAAUUCUUUGUAUGUAUAUAGUUUUAAAAGAGAGUGUUCUAAUAGUUCAGUAUUUUGUAUCCUUUAAUGCUUGAUGGUUUUAGUUUUUUUGUAUGUUUAUUGGCCAAUACAUGAGGAUUUCUUUAAUUCUUUGUAUGUAUAUAGUUUUUUAUUACCUACCAACAACAAAAAGAGGUCAUUUUUCUAUCUUGUCUGUUUGUUGGUCCAUUUAUUUAAUUCAUUCAUUCACUGUUACUGUUGUUUAUGGUUCUCUUUGUCAAGAUAUCCAGUAUUUUUUAUAAUAAAUGUAUAUACUUUUUCUACAUCACUAUGUUGUUUAUUUUUCCUAAUGCUCUAUGCAAGCCUUACAAGCAGUACAAACCCACUGUUUGAACAUUUGACCAAUAUAAAGUAACUAAGUGACAUUUAAGAGAUUUAUAAUACUAGGUCAUUGACGGGAAUCGAUCCAGCAACCCUUGGAUCCACAGUUGCUUAUGCCAUACUCCAGCAAAGUGGAGUAUGACCAAAAAGUGUCAUUUUGGUCAUAUUACUCUAAUAAAUACAAUAACAAAUGCAUCCUACAACAUCUGACAGGCACCAGGAUCAGUUUCAAUUCCAUGUCUUUUCCAUUUCCUCUCUUUUUCUUUCUCUUUUCUUUCCCUCUUCUCCCCUCUUUUUUUCCCCUCUUCUCCUUCUUUCCUUUUUCUUCCCCCACC